AUGAAAAGAGAGAGCACCAAAAUCAUUGUGGACACGAGAAUAACAGAUAAAAUGCCAGGUCUGAAUGACGGCUGGGACGACGAGAGUGAUCUCAAUAACAUCUCCCAAGACGAUACUUUCAAUUUCGACGGAGAUGGAUGGGGCGAUGACGACGAUAUUGAUUUGGGUGAUGACGAUGAAGUGCCACCCAUCACAGCUCCGGUCCAGCAAGUACCUCCAAUUAUGGGGCAAUUCUCUGCAGCAAACAAUGAUCGUGCCACUGUUCCUUCGCGGUUUGGAAACGAUGAUCCAGCAGCUGCAAGUUUGGGUCAACCAGCUGUUGCUGCGUAUCGCUCCAAUGAGGCAUUGGACCCUGGAGCUGAUGACAACGGCUGGGGAGAUGACGAUUUGAAUUUCGAUGACGAUUCGACACCAGUGGAUGCAGCAAUACCAAGCAAUCACAUCGACAACAAUGGACAAACUGGUGAUGGAUGGGGAGACGAUGAUUUUGGCUUCGAUGAGGAAACACCUUCAACUUCUGAACUGGCUGGAAAACCCGCACAGGGACAGAUUGAAGCAGGUGGAAACGCGGGAAUAGAAGGUGAUGAAGAUGGGUGGGGGGACGAGCUGGAUUUUGAUGAUGACUUCGAGGACAAAGUAGAAAACGAAAAAGUUGCUUCUUCGUCGUUCAAUCUACCGACUCAGCCUCGACAGAAUUCUAUUCCACCUCCGCCUAUUAAAAAGAAGGCAGCCAUUCCACCCCCGCCAAAGAGGCCAGCCAUUCUACCACCGCCUAAACAGACUAUUAUUGCGCCGAUUUCAUCGAAUGCACAGGAAGAUGGCUGGAGUGAAUCAAAUAAUAGUGAAAGUGACCUACUUGAAUUUGAUGAUGGUUUUGGGAACGUUCCAGUUCCGACAGCAAACGUCGCCGCAGGAAACAAGCAGGUCCCAUCGCCUUCCGAGCAGGAUGGCUGGGAAGACGAUGCUGACGUUGUAGCAGACUCAAAAGGACCUAACAAAUCAUUUGAAUCUGGCUGGGGUGAUGACGAUGAUUUAUUUUUGGACGAAACUUCCGAAAUGCCAAAUUUUCCUCCCCAGAGACCAGUGGCAAAUCCAAGGAGAGAGGAGUUGCUACGCGAUCUCAAGGGCUACGUGGGCUCUUUGAACCGCAUGCUUUCUUCCGUCAACGCUGUUCUCGAAUACGAGUACAAUACCCCUCAGAAAGCUAUGGAAUUGACGGAGUACUAUCAGACACGUGCAAACCUAGCUGAAUACACACGCACAAAAGAGCUCAGUCGAAUGGAUUAUCGAGUCGUACUUCCUAACGGCGAUGUCGUUCUUGACAAGCAAGAGAUUGCAGCAAAUUUUAUGCCUGAUCAGAGUCUUGCAGCACGAUGUGCUAACCAGUCGCUCUUGGCUGACCUACUUCAGGUCAUUACUGACAAAGACUUGCUCGUUAGGCCUCAGUUCAUGGCUAUAUGCAUCGCGCAUGAUUGUAAAUUUACAAUUCACAGCCGGGAUGAGACCGUGGAAGCUGCAGCUCAGCUGCACAUUGCUCUUCCUCAGGCCGAUGGUCAGCGAGCAAACAUUGCCAACAUAUUCGCCACGAUCGCGUUCAUCCCCCAGCAGCCAAUGGUUCACUUUCGAGUGAAUGCUAUUGACGUUUUGCUGCCAGAGCAUGAUUUUGACAAAGUGCUUUCAAGUUCGGUUGAUUUCUUGAUGGAAUGCCAAAUGGAUGCUUUUGACCUUGAUGGAUCUCACGCUACACCUGCUGACGUGUACCGUGAUGCAUUCAUGGAGAAUUCACAAAAGCUACUUGCCCAGUCGACCAUGGGCAUGAAAUCGGCACUCCGAGAAAUGGAGUCGGUCCUCAAUUUCAAACAGAAGCUGACUAUCGUGAAACGAUUCAUUCCCGAUACUGAUGCUCUAUUGGCAGCAGAACAAGAGGCCAUGGAAUUUGCUGCCAAUCGAAGGAUUGAGCAACAGAACAUGCCCCACCCUGGUAGUGAUCAGCCUGGACCAACUCCUCCCCACAUUGGUAGUCAUGAGCCCCGGCCACCCCCGCCCCCACCACGGAGGCAACCACAACUACCAGGCAGUAGGCCACAAUCAAUUCUUGGCGGUCUAGUCCGUUCAGGUUUGAACAAACUGGCCAAUUCUGUCACUUUACCAGAUGACGACCCAGCAAUCUACGGCCAAGCAGCUCCUGUAGUACCACCAGUCUAUCGACAAGACGGUUCACCUUUCACCCACCAGGGCAAUCAAGCUCAAACAAAUCUAUUAAGAGGCUUUCCCCGUCCACCUAGCGAUGCCCCGCCAGUACACAAAAGCUUGCAGUCGCAUGGAACGACCAGCGCUCAAAAUCCACCAGCAAGCCUUUCUGGACGACAACAAGGGGGACGUCAAAGCGAACAACUUGAUCUUUCCAGAGGGUUUCCAAGACCCAUUCGACAGGCGAACUCAGAGCCAAAGAAAGCACCACCACCACCACCACCACCAGGACGAAUAUCAGAAGUCGACUUGUCAAAGGGAUUUCCUAGGCCUCCACCGUGCCCACCCCCGCAGCAGCCAAAAAAAGCAGAAACGGAAGAAGUCGAUCUCUUAAAAGGAUUUCCUCGACCAUCCAAACCCCUUUCGGACCAAAAGGUUUUGGGUUCUGGUGCUGUAGAUCUGUCAAAAGGAUUUCCAAGGCCACAGCCGCCACCGCCACCUUCAAGGCCAAAUCAGAAUCAAUCGAGCGUUGCGUUUGGAAUAGUGGAAGACGGCUGGGAGGACGGAAGUCUCGAUGAUGAUAUAUCCAACACAUCCAGGGAGCAUGGUAAACCCACUCCUAAUUCAGAAUCAAAAGAAUCUCCGCUUUUGACUUCAAGAGACUAUUUCGCCUUCGACGCAACAAACUACGUAUACGAUCCAGAAACAGAUAUCAUACCAACCAUCAAGCGAUGGAAGAACCUGAGACCUCAUCGACCGUAUGUCGUUUGGUAG